GAGUUCACCUGCCCUCGAAUUUCAAUUUGAGUAAGUGACCAGCAAUGGAGUACAGAAUCAGAAGAUGGUUGGAUCCCAGGCAGGCUGUGGGAGGAGGAACUCUGGAACUGCAUGAGGAGUUUGAGCACCUGCCAUGGAGUAGCUGAUCUCUGAGGACCCCUCAGCACAGGGCGCUGUGUUCUACAUCAAGUGCAUAUUUUUCCUAGGAUAUUCAUUUCCGUAAGGUCCUGAAAUUACUUAAUUUUUAUAGGAGUUCUCAUAUAUGAUGAAUAAGAACAGCAGACUCUACACUGAUUCUAACAUAAGGAAUACCUUUUUCACUGAAAUUGGCAUUGGAGUCUCAGCCAAUAGCCUCCUACUUCUCUUCAACAUCUUCAAGUUAAUUUGUGGGCAGAGGUCCAGACUCACUGACCUGCCCAUUGGUCUCUUGUCCCUAAUCAACUUACUUAUGCUACUGAUGACGGCAUUCAUAGCCACAGACACUUUUAUUUCUUGGAGAGGGUGGGAUGACAUCAUAUGUAAAUCCCUUCUCUACCUGUACAGAACUUUUAGAGGUCUCUCUCUUUGUACCAGCUGCCUGUUGAGUGUCCUGCAGGCCAUCAUCCUCAGUCCCAGAAGCUCCUGUUUAGCAAAGUUCAAACAUAAGCCUUCCCAUCACAUCUCCUGUGCCAUUCUUUCUCUGAGUGUCCUCUACAUGUUCAUUAGCAGUCACCUCUUAGUAUCCAUCAUUGCCACCCCAAAUUUGACCACGAAUGACUUUAUUCAUGUUACUCAGUCCUGCUCUAUUCUACCCAUGAGUUACCUCAUGCAAAGCAUGUUUUCUACACUGCUGGCCAUCAGGGAUGUCUUUCUUAUUAGUCUCAUGGUCCUGUCAACAUGGUACAUGGUGGCUCUCUUGUGUAGGCACAGGAAACAGACCCGGCAUCUUCAGGGUACCAGCCUUUCCCCAAAAGCAUCCCCAGAACAAAGGGCCACCCGUUCCAUCCUGAUGCUCAUGAGCUUAUUUGUUCUGAUGUCUGUCUUUGACAGCAUUGUCUGCAGCUCAAGAACUAUGUAUCUGAAUGAUCCAAUAUCUUAUUCUAUUCAACUAUUUAUGGUGCACAUCUAUGCCACAGUAAGCCCUUUUGUGUUUAUUGUCACUGAAAAACAUAUAGUUAACUCUUUGAGGUCCAUGUGUGUGAAGGUGAUGAAUGUUUGAAUAUUCCUUGAUAGACAAGCUCCAUUAAGAGGAGCCAAUGUAAGCAUCAGAACUGUCAAUCAUGGCGUGCUAUGUGCUUUGGCAUAUGUGAAAUAUGAAGUUGUUUUUCUGUUAAAAUGAUUUACUUUAACUGACGAGAUGAUGAACGUAACAGAAGAUUAAACCACAUCCCCUUUGAUA